CCAAGUUUCCCUGCAAGUUUGACAGAAGUUUGAAUCCGGCUCGAGGGCUUUUUGCAGGCGGCGGGGCAACGGCAGCCGAAGGGCUCGCUCUAGCAGCAGCUGCAGCAGUAGCAGCAGCGCCCCCAGUUCCCCAACCCGGCAAGCCUGGAUCCCGGCCCGCCGACGCGUGGUCAAGGUCCAAGACUGCCUGCAAGCUGUCCCGCCAGCUGACAGCCCCCAAUUCAGCCCCAACCCCAGCCCCAGUCUCAGCUCCAGCCGCUUGUCCGGGAGGCAGCCGAGCAGUGCCACCAGCUCCCGCUCCGGCAGCAUGUCCACGACGGAGACCUCCGGCCGGUCUGGGGAUAAGGACCCACGGCAGCAGGUGGACCGUCUCCUUUCCGGGCUUCGAUGGAGGCGUCUGGAGGAGCCACUGGGCUUCAUCAAAGUUCUCCAGUGGCUCUUUGCUAUUUUCGCCUUUGGGUGCUGUGGCUCCUACAGCGGGGAGACAGGGGCCACAGUACGAUGCAACAACGAAGCCAAGGAUGUGAGCGCCAUCAUUGUUUUGUUUGGCUACCCCUUCAGGUUGAACCGGGUCCAGUAUGAGAUGCCCCUCUGUGAUGAAGAAUCCGCCUCCAAGACCCUGAACCUCAUGGGAGACUUUUCGGCCCCUGCUGAGUUCUUUGUGACUCUGGGCAUCUUCUCCUUCUUCUACACCAUGGCUGCUCUGAUUCUUUACUUGCGCUUUCACAACCUGUACACUGAGAACAAGCGUUUUCCUCUGGUGGACUUCUGUGUGACUGUCUCCUUCACCUUCUUCUGGCUGGUGGCGGCGGCGGCAUGGGGCAAGGGCCUGACCGACGUGAAGGGGGCCACUCGGCCUUCCAGCCUGAUUGCCGCCAUGUCCGUGUGCCACGGGGAAGAGGCUGUCUGCAGCCCCGGGGCCACCCCCUCCAUGGGGCUGGCCAACAUCUCUGUGGGAGCCAGAUCUUUCCGGAGAGCCGCUGCCCACUGGACAUAUGCUAUUGCCUCUUCGGCUUCUUCAACUUCUUCCUGUGGGCCGGGAACUGUUGGUUUGUGUUCAAGGAGACCCCAUGGUAUGGGCAGGGCCAGGACCAGGACCAGGGGGCCAGCAAGGAGAGUGCGGCUGAGCAGGGCGCCGUGGAGAAGCAAUAGCUAGCCCUCGUGUCCACUCCUGCCACCUCCUGAUGACAGCACUUCCUCCCCUGCUUCUUCAGCUUCCUUCCAGGACUUUUCCCCCCUCCUGUGCCUCCCUUCCUCACUGAUUCCUUCUGGGCUGGGUGCUUGGGGACAAAAGACGGGCCAGGGCUGACCCUCCCUCUGAGCCUCCCCUCUCUCCUCUGUUCCCAGGCAGGGGCCCAGGCUGGGCAAGACCUCAGUGCUGUGGUUCCUGCCUGGCCCAGGGGGUCUUUGCUCAUCUCCUAGCUGAGUCUGAGAGUCUGUGUCCUGCUGAACAGAGGCAGGUGGGAGGCAGCAGCAUUGAGGUCUGCUCCCUUUAGCAUCCUCCAGGGAUAGCCGGGCCCAGCUCCACUAAUAAAGGGGAGGGAGGAGAGAAAGGUACCGGAGAGACUCUGGAUGGUGGGAAGGGCCCAGCAGUGAUUUGUCUGCCUGUUACCAGCUGCUGUGGGUCAGACUCUGUGUGUCCCUGAUUAUCUUCAUUCAAACAAGGUUCCAUUCACUUCUCAGGUCUCUGCUUCCCAGGGGUCAAGGCUUUGGGCUGUGCUGUCACCCAGGCAGGUCCCUGGGGCCUCUUACCCUUCCUUUCCCCUGGGAUUUUCACCCAGAUCAAGAGAGGCAAAGGCUUGGAAGGAGAGCUGGACGUUUCCUUCCUGCCUAGACAGCUAGGGACACAGGGUCCUGGGCACAUAGAGUUCUGGCCUGGACAAUCCUUUGUAGGUUAGGGGAUCUGGUGGAGGGGGAGGGAUAAAUCUGGCCUAGAAAAUGGCCUGUUCUUUAGUGAUCCCUGCUGAGGCCUAGAUUCUGUGUGGCAGAUGAAUUGUAGCUUGGGCCUCCUCCUCCUUAAGCAGCUCCAGUUCUGGGAAGCUGCUGGCCAGAGACAGCUUUGCUGUUUCUGGGGGAGCCCCGUCCCUGGGGCUGCUGAGAGGACACUGAGCUGGGACAGAACUCAUGGAUUUUCUCUCUCAACUCAGAUGUCCCUUAGCAACUCCUCAUACAAGCCAAAUGAGCAGAUAUUCACUAAGUGCCUACUAUGUGAAAUGUCCUAUGGUAGGUGUCACAAACAAAAAACAAAACGACAUCCUCCCUGUCUUCAGGAAGUUUUGAGUUUAUGAGGGGUGGAAUGAAACCCAGGCAGAGAUAAAUACAGUUCGAGGCAGAAUGUGACUGAGGCAAAGGAGAGAUUCAGGCCCAGCUUUAUUUGAGAGAGAGAACUCUCCUGGCUCCUAAAAUCCUUGUGUUCCCUUCCAGUGUGUCCUUUUCUUCCAAACUUGGAGAGAUGCUUGUGGCACCAAUCAACAUGUAUUUACGGAUCAGUCCACAACCAUCAUUUAAGCACUGACUAUGUGUCAGAUGAUGCCACUAUAGAAGGCUCCCAGAGCUGCCUCGUGGUAGGAUUAUGAAAAUCUAGUCUCCACUCCCCCAUCCCCUUCUUCAUCCAAUAUUGGAGCUCUGGGGCCCUUUGGUCUGAGCCUUUCUUCCAUUCCUGGGAUGAGACCAGGUUGGGGUUUGGGGGCAGUUCAGAUGGACCGAAGAAGGAACAUACCCAAGUAUAUACUCUAGGUUUUAUUCUUAUACGUUGGAUUGGCCUGUUUUUCUCUCACUGUGAGUUGUUUUUUUUGACCUAUCUUAUUCCUCCCUCUCCUAUUUCUUUCAUAAUUUUUGGCCUUCCUGAUCCUCCCUUGCUCCCUCAGCCUCCACCAGUCCCAUUCUCUUUCCUUCUGUCCAGUGCAGGCCGAUGUUAUUGGUGCUUCAUCACUUUGGGACCUUAUGUUCAGCCAUGACCCAGUUACACAUUUGCCUCUAUUUUCCUCCCUUCCUAACACUUCUACUAACCCCUUUUGUUUCCCUAAGGCCCUGUGUAAAUGGCUCUUAACCAGAAUUUACUGGUUCACAGAGAAUCUUAGGCCGGAGUGUGCAUUAUGAUAAUCUCCCCAAUUUUCUUCUUUCCUCCCAAUCCCAUCCAAGAAACCUUUGGAUUAGUUUUACUCUGUUAAUUGUCCAGGGGCCUAGAAUCAGGACUCCUGGGUUCUAACCCAGAUGUUGUGAUCCUGAGUCAGUCAUUUCCCUUCUCUUGAGGUUACCCCACUCAUCAAAGUCCAUUAGAGCCCUCUGUGUAGGAAAAAUUAGGGUCUGAUGGGAACUGUUUUUUUUUUUCUUGACUUGGGAAAGGGGCUCAGAGAGGGAGAUAAAGAGACUGGAAAAGAAGGUUGUCCCUAGCCAUCCUGGCCCAAGCUGUCUUUCAUAUACAUUUAGGACACUUGUGGAUGACUCUGACUAGAACUUCCAGGGACUCUGACAAGGAAUUUUCUUUCAUUUUUCUUCAAGCCAGCCCCAAAGGGGAGCUCUGUAAGCAGUGUCUACUGUGACUUUGUUGCAUCCUGUUAUGUAUUUAUUUAUUUGAAAUGUGAGAGAGAAAAUGUUCUAAUGAGUUGAACUGAAGUCAGUACCUGACCCUUUACCAGGAAAGCAGGGUAUGCCAAGUACCCAAGCCCAGUUCUCCUUAUUGUCUCUCCUUGCCCCUCACUACUGAUGGGAGGCCACAAGGUAUGGUGGGCUUUGGAGUCAGAAGUCCUGGGUUUGAAAAUUAACUCUGCCACUUGGUACCUGGGGGACCUUGGAGAAAGUCCUGAACUUCCCUUACAAGGUUUAGUUUUGCCAUCUCUAAAAUAAGAGGGUUGAACUAGAGGAUGCCCCAAUGGCUUUUCUCUCUCUACGUCUAGUAUCUCAUGAGUUCCUGAUGGUCACUUAAGUGGCUAAUUUGAUCUUAGCUAGAAGAGAUCUGAUUUGGGCUUUUUGUGUGACUGAACUCUUUCCUUAAAGCCAUCUGAAGGGAAAGAUCACCUCAUUUUAUUACCUCCAGGAGGGGGAUAGGACUCACCACACAGGAUUACUGACCUUGGUACCAAGGUUCCCUACUCGGCAUACCCAGGAGCCAGGAAGGCACGGGCAGUGUCUGUUCAAAUGGCUGCUGCAGGAGGCCAAGCAGGCUGGACAGUAGGUCAGCUGGGUUCUUUGCCCUAGGAUGGGUGCCUCACCUUGAACCUUUCCUGGAAUAUGGAGCCCCUUGUCCCUCUACUUCAAGGGGGUGAUGUUGCAUGUUGUUUACUGGUGCUUGUUACUACAGCUUUAAAUAAACAGUGCUGUGAGAGUUUGCCAUGAAGGAGCUGUGGCCCAG